AUGCGUUUGGGCGAAACCCGCCGUCACUCACGACUCGGACUGCGCGCUGAUUGGCUGCCGCGGUGCGGGUGCACGCCCCCGCUGGCCCACGGCAGCGUUGAAAUGACACCGUGGGAAAGCUGGGCGCCUUCAAACGGAGACGCUCCGGGCAAACCUGGGCACGCACGAGUCCAGCAGACGCAAACUCAGACACCGAAGAACCGCUUUGGAAGCGUCAAAAUGAAACGGAAUCACGAUUUUAGCUCCUCGGACAGUGAGCUGGAUGAAACUAUUGAAGUGGAGAAGGAGAGCGCGGAUGAGAAUGGAAACGUGAGUUCUCUCGGUUCCAUGUCUCCGACGACAUCUACUCAGGUGCAGGCGAGGAAAAGGCGUCGAGGAAUUAUUGAGAAAAGGCGCCGUGACAGAAUCAACAACAGCCUCAGUGAGCUCCGCCGGCUGGUUCCCAGCGCCUUUGAGAAGCAGGGCUCUGCCAAACUGGAGAAAGCAGAGAUUCUGCAGAUGACUGUGGAUCAUCUGAAGAUGCUUCACGCUGCUGGGGGCAAAGGUUACUUCGACGCGCACGCCCUGGCAAUGGACUACCGCGGUUUGGGUUUCAGGGAGUGUCUGGCCGAGACGGCCCGUUACCUGAGCAUCAUCGAGGGCCUGGACAGCACCGACCCCCUGCGCAUGCGUCUGGUCUCCCACCUCAACAACUACGCCGGCCAGAGGGAGGCCCACUCGGGCCUCAGCCACCUGGCCUGGGGCUCCGCUUUCGGAUCCCCUCCGGCCCACCUGGCCCACCCCCUCCUCCUCCAGCACCAGCACCAGCAGGGGGCCCCUCUGGGGGCCCUGCCCCGCAGCGCCACCAGCAGCCCGCAGACCCCCCUGUCGUCCGCCUCGGCCUCCUCUUCCUCUUCCUCCUCCUCCUCCAGUUCGUCCUCGUCGGCCUCCCUGGGGGCAGAGACUCACGCCCCGGGGAGGCGCAGCCGCAGCGCCACCCCCCACUCGGACCAGGGUCCCAUCCGGGUUCCCCCCUCCUCCGCCGGCCCCGCCGCCGUCCUGCACCCGGCCCUGGUUCCCUCGUCGGCGUCCAAGCUCUCCCCCCCCCCUCCUCUCCUCCCUCUCGGCGUUCCCCUUCGCCUUCGGCGCCUUCCCCAUCAUCUCGCCCGCCGCCGGCCUCAGCCCCCCAACCCAGACCCCCGGCGUGGGCAAACCCUACAGACCCUGGGGCAUGGAGAUAGGAGCUUUCUGACUAAAGUGAAAGAACUCGGCUACAACAACAUCUGCUUAUAGACUCAAAUCACUUUCCAGCUGAGCUGGGCUCAAAGGACCUAAUUUUUUUUCCUACUAUGAAUGUUAUUUUUUUCUAUGAUGUUGGCGUCCCGCAGGGGAUAGUUGUAGGGUUUUUUUUGUCUUUGUAUUUUCUUCUUUUUGUACAGAAAAAAAACCCACCACAACUGCCCGCUCACACACACACACACACACANACACAUACUUAAAGAAGAGGGAGACCACAACUAAAAAGCAACAGAAGUGAUUUAAUGUGUUGAUUGAUCUCUGUUUCGACCCACCCCCUUUAGAAGUUUCACUCACUGUAGUAGACAGCCUAUCAGGAAUGGCUUUUCCAGAUGGUCAAGCAAGUUCCUGGGCCAAAGUGCCCCCCCCCCCCCUUCCCCACCACCACCCCACCCCACCCUUUGUUUUUCUGAGCCGCACCACCAAGUGUUGGUGCCCUGGUUACAGCGAGGAGGGGAGGGGGUUUGAAGUCACCCUCUUUUACAACAUUUUAUGGGGUGGAAUAACUGAAACCAGGUGUUUGUUUGACUAAAUACUGGGAACAGAAGUCAGCUGCCAGCUCGGUGGAGCUAAUCGUACGGCGCUCCAUUGUUUAAAAGCUUUCUUCCCGAAAUUAGGCGUCCUCCACAGUGCGAUCUGUCUUUCAACACCUCACGUAUGUUUUACCAGUUUUAUUCAAUGUAAAUGACGUUAGGUGGGUUCUUAUCACGAUGUUUCCAUGUUAUUGUCAUGUAUCUGUUCAGCACAGCAGUUUUGGAUGACAGUCAUCACCCAG